UCCCACCAACCUAUACCUUUAAAGCGCUUUCACCCAGCAAAAACCAACGUCGGCAGAGCUCACUCCGGUCAUCUGCCAACUGCUUGUAUCAGGCUUUGUGCUUCGUGCAAGCGGUCAUUGUGAGCUGAGACCUGAGGAGUUGGGUAUUGUUGCCGCCGCCGCCAGACACAAUGUCACGCCGCUUUGGCUUUCGCAGCCUGCCGUUGGUUUUGUUGUUGUUCAAGUGUUUGGUUGGGUCUCGGGCUCACCCUCAGAAGCCUGCAUUAGACGUACAUUGGUACCCAGCCACCGCCACCUGGUACGGCAGCCCGGAAGGCGAUGGCAGCAACGGUGGGGCAUGCGGGUACGGUACCUUAGUGAACAUGAAGCCGAUGAGGGCCAGGGUUACUGCAGUGAGCCCGGCGCUGUACAGGAAUGGUGCAGGAUGUGGGUCUUGCUUUAAGGUGAAGUGCCUAGACAAGAGCAUAUGCUCCAGACGCGCAGUGACCGUAAUUGUGACGGACGAGUGCCCCAACGGAGGCUACUGCGCCAUUGGCCGCACCCACUUCGACCUCAGUGGCGCCGCCUUCGGCCACAUGGCCGUGUCUGGGGAGGGUGGUCAGCUUCGGAACCGAGGUGUGCUCCCAAUUGUUUACCGACGUACACCAUGCAAGUAUCAUGGAAAAAGCGUUACCUUCCAGGUAAAUGAAGGUUCAUCAGAUUACUGGCUAUCAAUUCUCGUGCUCUUUGCGGAUGGAGAUGGAGACAUCGGAUCAGUGCAAAUUAAACAUGCAAGUUCUACAGAUUGGGAAGAGAUGACACAUCUUUGGGGUGCAAACUGGUGCCUUAAUAAGGGACCCUUGAAAGGGCCAUUUUCUGUAAGGGUAACAACACAAACAACAGGAACAACUCUCUCUGCCACAAAUAUCAUCCCCACCAAUUGGGCACCUAAAGCCACUUACACAGCCUCUAGCCUCAAGUUCUUAACCUAAUCUCUGCUACUUUCUUUAGCACUUGUUUUUCUUCCCAAAAUGGCUUCUCUUCUCUACAUGGCCAAUCGCAAAAAGUAGACGUUGUUCUACUUCGAUAUACAUAAUCUUAGUUUUAUUCUUUUAUUUUUUCAAAAGAAAAGAAAGUUUCUUUUCUUUUUAACUC